UAAAUUAUAUAAAUAGAUCUUUAAUAUGUACUGUUUUCAUGAAUAUAAUAUUUAACAUCAAACGCAUAAAGCCUACGUCGCUUAUACAGAAGAGUUGUUCUUUUGUGUUGCGCGUGACGUAAAACAAACAUCGAUUUUCUUAUAAUAGGUUCGCAAAUACUGAUGAAACAUAACGACUAAUUUCAUUGAUGUGCUCGAACCCGCAAACAGACAAACCCUUUUUAAUUUAUUAUAGAGAAAUAACAUCAUUUUUAUGGCUAUAACUCGACAAAAGAAAAUUUCAAAAAUUCUAUUAAUCUCUAUAUUCGUUUUAUGAUUUAAGAUUUGUCCACGACUACAACACAGUAUCGAACUGAAUAAGGUACUAUGGUUUUGAAUUUGAUGUGGACAACAUUAUUAAAGUACCUAAUAAAUAAUUUUUAUUUUAUUUUAGUAUAAAUAUAGGAAUAGAAGAACGCACACAGAAGAACGCUUAUACAACAUUUUAAUUUAACCAUCAAAAUUUAAAGAUAAUUGAAUUCUUUUUGUAUUUUGUUAGUGUAUUUUCGUGCGUAAAUGAGUCUUUAUUCGCCAAAGAAAUUAACAUAUUCAUUUAAAUGUGUAUGAAGGCGGAUAGCAGGCUGACCCAAUAGACGUUACGAGCGACCCCACGAUUUAAAGGCAACGCUUUGCGCACUACGCUCGCUCCAUAAGUAGUGGUACAUUCGUCAAACUGCGCAUUCAAAUCACAAAUCCGAAAGAAUAUUGUAAACGCUAAAUACUUUAUUACGAUUAUGUUUUCACUGUAUUAUCAAUAGAAUUUUAUAAUUUAUGUUGAUUAUGAAUGGGUACAUCAAGAGGUCAGGCGCACAAUCUUAUCUUUCUUCGUUGUUUAAAUGUUUGUGCUUUAGAUCCAAUGAAGUCAGUUAACUUCAAGCGACUUACGAAAAUAGUUUAUGGUAACAGUGCUGUAAAUAUUUAAUCAUAAAAAAAGUAUAAUAGUGCUCAGUGUGAUUAAUUAGUGUUUUUAAGUGCAAUCAGAUAUACUAGUGAAUUUUAAAAUGCCUAUUAGACGUAGCCAGGUCUUGGUGAAAUGGAUAUUCGAGAACCAACACAAGCUGCAGACUAUUCGAUGGUGUAGCUCUUCGCUGCGGUACAAAGAGCUAGAAGACUCAGUGCAGGCGGACCACGUGGCACCAUCGCCCACGCAAAAGCCACACCCACAAAUUACACCUGAAAUCUCCUUCAAGUACGAAGACUUGCAAGUACGACUCGCGGCGCCGUAUCAGCUCACCCCGAAACCCGAAGCUAAGGAACUAGGUUUCGGAAAGUAUUUCACCGAUCAUAUGCUCAAAAUUUAUUAUCACAAGGAACUCGGGGGAUGGCAAAAACCGGAGAUCAUGCCAUUCGAGAACUUAAAUAUACAUCCCGCCGCGAAGGCACUUCAUUACGCCAUACAAUUAUUUGAAGGAUUGAAAGCGUACCGAGGUGUUGAUGAUAAAAUACGAUUGUUCAGGCCGGAACUUAACAUGGAAAGGAUGAACCUCGCAGCCCAGAGGUCCGGCUUGCCAAUGUUCGACGGAGAAGAGCUCGUUCAAUGCAUAAAACGAUUAGUACAAAUUGACCAGGAAUGGGUUCCGCAUUCAGAAACGUCGACCCUUUAUAUCCGACCAACGUUAAUAGGGAUCGAGCCCACUUUCGGAAUAAUGGCGCCGGAGUCGGCAUUGCUGUUUGUAAUCCUGAGUCCAGUGAGCGCGUACUACAAGGCGAGCAGUGAUGGAGCGGUCUCAAUAUUCGCUGAUCCCAAUGUCGUACGCGCCUUCCCUGGAGGAGUUGGAAACAGAAAGGUCGGCUCUAAUUACGGACCCACUAUAGAGGCGACAGCGCGAGCUGCAAAAUUGGGGCACCAUCAAGUGCUAUGGCUCUUUGGUCCAGAUCACCAAUUAACAGAGGUCGGCGCCAUGAAUAUUUUUAUGGUGCACAUCAACGAUCAAGGAGAUAAACAAUUGAGUACGCCGCCACUGAACGGUUUGAUAUUGCCCGGAGUGACGCGUCGCUCCAUCAUCGAGCUGGCGAGCCAGUGGGAGGAUAUCGUCGUCAGAGAGGAAGUCAUCACAAUGGAUCGCGUCAUACAACUCAACCAACAAGGAAGGUUGCUAGAAAUGUUCGGCGCGGGUACAGCCGUCAUCAUCAGCCCGAUUAGCAGGGUCGGCUUCCUCGAACAAAACAUUGAAAUUCCCACGAUGAAACAGUCGAACCCCGUGUUCCAACGAGUGAAGGACACGCUGCUCGCGAUCCAAUACGGACACGUGGAGCACCCGUACGCUAAGGUCAUAUCGUAGUGCGCGCCGGGGCGGUGCUGGACACCAUCGCCGCCGCCGGCCUAGUGAUGGGACACUUGUCGAUGUGUUAACUGUAACGUCUCUAUGAUGAGUUCACGAUAUGCGGAACGCGGAACGAGCGAGGAAGUGACACUGUGCCAUUUCAAUGCUACGCAUUACUUGUCAGUGAAAAUACGCCUCGUUGUGAAGUUAUCUUUAGCGAUAUCACUGUAGUUUAUUUAUUCUCUUGAUCACCCACAACGGCGCAAAAUAAACGUGUUUUGAUACUUUUUGUGCUCGCUUCCGUUGUAUAUAUUUUGUUUAAUCGGUUAAAGGGAUUUAAAUGUGGAACUUCAUGUAAUUUGUUUACCUAUCUGAGCAGACAGCGAUUAAAAGUAAAGUUAAGUGUUUCGAAUUCGUUAGCUGAAAUUAUUCUAUUGUGAAUGUGACAAACUUAAGAACUCACUACUGUUGACCUGUGAAUUUAUAUUUUAACGUUCGUAUCUUCGUGUAAACAAAAUUAAAUGGACAAUGUGAUAUUAAUGUGUAAUUAAAUAUUAAGUACGAACUUGACCUUUGAAUUGCAUGUCAAUAUUCACAUAAUCUAAUGCUAAUUAUUUCUAUCGAUUUUAAUGUCGCAUCUAUAUACCUAAUGUGUAAAUUUAUAGCAACUACAAUCAAUAUCUUGCACUGCAUAUUGGUAUUGCUUAUAGUCGAAAUUCAUUUCUGUAAAAUAUACAUAAUUAUUUUACCUACGUUAACGGCAAAUUGUACAAAUUGUACAAAUUGUACAAAACAAUUAAUAGUACACAACAUUAUAUUAAUAAGUAAAAAAAAAUAUACUUAAUAUCAAUUUAUUUACACGUAUAAAUAUGUAAUAUAUUUAUGAUGAUGUUAUUGACUCAGAGAGUACAAGUUCCUGCUUAAUAUUAGUGUGUUUGUUUCUAGUCUAAGUUAAGAAUCUUUUAUAUUACGACGAUAUGUUAUUUAUGAAUACAAUGUUUGUACAUUC